UACUCGCACUAAAAGAUGAGUAAUUGGGAAGACAAUAAGUCUGAUAAUUGGGGAGAUAGCAAGUCCGACAAUUGGGGAGACAGUAAAUCUGAUAAAAUUUCUUCGGGACCUCAUACUCCCACGGAUGAAUUGAUCGAUCCAAUCAAUUCGACGUUGCAUUCUUUGACAGCUCCUGACGAUCUGGAUAACCACGAGGAGCUUUUUGAAGAGGAACGUAGACGUAAUCGAGUAGACGACGAAGAAUAUAGACAUCGGCGAAGGGGAUACAUCGAUUAUUCAUUAAGAGUAACUACUAGUAGAUCUCAAUCACCGCGUCGGCGUUCUAGAUCUCCUCGUCGCUCUAGGUCGCCACGAAGAUCUCCAAGACGUUCCCGUUCUCCGCGUUCGCCAGCGAGAGAGCCAUACACAGAUUCAUACCGUCCUACAACUCGCCGCCCAUCAUAUAACGAUCAUUAUGAGUCAGAACGAGAAAGAAGAGAAAGAGAACUCGAGAGAGAAAGGCAUAGUACUUCCAGGGAUCCUCGUUCUGAGAGGGAGCGUGAUAGAAGAGAAAGAAGUCGUUCAAGAGAUAAAUUCUUUGUUCGUGGUACUAAUUUUAGACCUGAUAGAAAUUAUGGUCCAAGAUUAUCAGCAAGAGAAUCGGCAGCUAUAAAUGCUUCUCAGAGAUCACAAAAGGAAUGCCGUGUUUAUGUUGGUAAUUUAGCUUAUGAAGUUAAAUGGGGUCAAUUAAAGGAUUUUAUGCGUCAAGCGGGUGAAGUUGUAUUUGCAGAUGUAUUGAUGCAACCUAAUGGCAUGUCAAAGGGUUGUGGAGUGGUUGAAUAUCGUACACCUGAAGAGGCUAGACGAGCUAUUCAAACACUCAACGAUACACAUCUAUUAGGAAGACCUGUAUUUAUUCGAGAGGAUCGUGAGUCAGAGGCUAAGUUCGGUACAGGAUUAAAUAUUAGGCCUGAAAAAGCCGCCGGAUUUCCUCCUACUGGAAAUCAUCAUCAUCCCCAUCCAAAUAUACCCAACAAUGCGGGAAGGCAAAUCUAUGUAGGAAACUUGCCAUUCUCAGUAGGAUGGCAAGAAUUAAAGGAUCUAUUUAGGGCUGCAGGGAAUAUAAUCCGAGCGGACAUUCUUGUUGGGCCUGAUCGACGACCUAAAGGUUCAGGAACUGUACUGUUUGAAACAGCAGGAGAUGCUGCUAAUGCGAUUUCUAUGUACGAUGGGUACGAAUUGAAUGGUAGAAGGAUUGAAGUCCGUGAGGAUCGUUUUGCUGGAGGGCCACCACCACCAAGAUUUUCAGCACGUCCUCCUCGACCACCCUAUGGAGGCGGUAACCAUUUUCCUCAUGGCGGAAAUGCAGGAUUUUAUGGUGCACCACCAGCCCCUAAUCCGGCAUAUCCAGGAGGUUAUCAAUCUAUGGUACCCGUUCCAGAUCAAUACGAUGGAUAUGGCGGGUAUAAUGAUUUCGGCACUACUGGUGCGGGCAUGAUGGAUUAUGCCGGUGGAUUUGGUGGAGGUUACGGUGCGCCAUACCCAGGAGCUGCAGGAUAUGACGGGUCAACAGGGUUCUACCCUACACCUGGUGCAUCCGGUGGGGCAGCUGGAAAUCAAAUCUUUGUCAGAAAUCUACCCUUUACUACAACAAAUCUCGAUUUAAGAGAACUUUUCAAACACUGCGGAAAUGUAAUUAGGGCCGAGAUUUUAGAACAAAAUGGAAGACCUAAAGGCGCCGGUAUAGUUUCAUUUGAAUCUAGUGAAUCGGCUCGUUUUGCUGUUGAAAAAUUCAGUGGAUACACAUAUGGAGGUCGUAUUAUUGACGUGAAUUUUGAUCGAUAUGCAUAAUAAACGCGAGCGAUACAAAAAAACAUUGUAUGAAGUGCG